GGAGAGCAUUGUGGCUAAAGAAUAGAACCACUACAAUGGCUUGUUCAGGUACUGGUGGAGACAAAUACAGGGACUAUCUCAGUGAAGAUGAGGUGAAGAACACCAAAUGGAGAUCUGGUCCUCCUAGCUAUGAUGUUGUAGACAAGCUUUUUGAAGAGGGCAGAACUCAUGUGUGGCCUGAAGGAUCACUGGAGGAGAAAGUGCAGAGGCUUAUGAAGACAUGGGAGAUGGAGUUGGUGCACAAGGCAGAUCCUAAUGAUUAUAAGACACUUGAUCCUACAAAAUUUAGACUCUUCGUCAAUGGGAGAAAAGGUCUAUCCUUGGAAGAAACAGCCAAGAUUGGAGGAAGCUACAAUGUCUUCCUCCAAACCUCUUUGCCCGAAAAAUAUCGAGUAUUCAACCCUGAAGAUGAAACAUUUGUUUCAUCUCAGGCUGUUUUCAGGAAUGCAUUUCCUCGUGGAUUUGCCAUCGAGAUCCUCCAGGUCUAUUCAGGACCGCCACGAAUAACAUACAGAUUCAGGCAUUGGGGUUACAUGGAUGGCCCCUUCAAAGGCCAUCCUCCUACUGGAGAAAUUACUGAAUUCUUUGGAAUGGGCACUUUCGAGUUGGAUGAAGAGUCUAACAAGAUUGUGAAAUCAGAGUUGUUCUUUGACCGUGGAGAACUUCUUGGAGCCCUGGUCAAGGGAGGAAGCAGUGAUGAAGCUGCAACAUCUGAAGCCCCUUCAGCCUGCCCUUUCAUGAAAGGAGCUUAACUUUUUGCAGGUUGAUUUACCAGUAAAAGAAUAAAAUGUUUGAACAAUAAGCGAUAACUGCAGAAUGGGAAUUUGUCAAUGCAUUCGUUCUACUGUAUUAAUGUGCUCCUUCUAUCCAACUUCAUCAUGUUUUCUUUAUAAAAAUGUACGCUUUAACUUA